AUUUUCUAUUGUUGUGCAGCAGUUGCUCGCUGCACCUGCACCCGCAGCACUAAAAAUAAUAGGUAUUGGGGACAAGAAGAAACACUGAUAUCUUGCAAUAUUAUAACAAUGAUAAAGAUAAAAAAUUUUCAUAUAAGUAGACAACACAGAUAGAUGAGAUUUUGCUCAUUUACAUCAAUCCCAUCUGCAGAACUUUGUAUGUAUUUAAAGACCAAUAUUUGCAAUCACUCUAUUAAGCAUACCAAUUCAAAAUCAAACGUGAUGCGUCAUACGAUUCUCGACGGAUGCAUUCCAAAAGAUCUAUAUUUGUCUUUUGUUGUGUGUACAUGAUAGUUCCGUUUGUGUUGCAAUGACGUAUCACAGUAUUAUUUCAAUCAUUAUUAUUCUGUAAAGUUUGGAUUGGUCUAGUAGUCGUGGAGUAGCAGACAUUCAACAGGAUGGUAAUUAGCUCGGAUAUUAUUCCGUGUCAUCUUUCUGCAUUCCUACAAAUUCUUAUCGCUGUGUUAAUAGUGAUCGCUGUGAAAGAAGAUAAAUCACAUAGAUUCGACACACUAUUUAUUGACUUAACCGAGUAAACCGUCCCAGAAAUAAUAUUUCAUUGUUGUAUAAUCUAUAAUCUUAUAUAACACCCCGACAAAUGCAUUUUUUAUACCAUGUUUUUCCCUACUUUCCAGUAUUUUCCACUACUUGGUGAGGUUAUAAAAGUGAGAUUUUUUCCCCAAAAUGUGAAACAGUUUAAUGUAUAAUAAUCUAUUUUCAAUGUCAUCUCAAAGAAUAAUAUGGCAUGGAAUAUGGCCACGUUCACGAUAAAUUACUAUGCAGUUACCAUUUGGUGGAUAAUCUGUUUUCACUCAUUAUUAUUGCUGCCAACUUUUGGUACAACAAUGCCAAGAAAUGUGACCAACCUGGGGAAAUAUUAUUAUAAGUACGACAUUCUAAAUAAUUCAUCCACUCGUACAACAACAAUUAGCACUUUAAAACUUAACCCUAAUGAAAACCGUGUAUGUGCAUUUAUGAAUGUGUCUCAUAAUUCGAGCUACGUGAUUUACGAUAGAGAAGAAUUCUCCAAGGGUUUAGAUAAAAUUCAUAGCACGGCAGAUAUUUAUGAAGAAUUUUACAACAUUAAUAUUGAGCCUGGAUGUGAAGCCACAAUUUGUGAAUUGGUUUUACUUGAUCCAAUCGCAAGGAGUCGAAAAUGCUACGAUAUUAGAGAAAAUUUUGAUUUCACGAAAGACGCGUUGAAAGCUGCAGAUCCGGUGAGACUCAUUUUUUUAAAGGGAAUUUGCCCUCUUUUUGUAUUGAAUUUGGUUAUUUUACAGGCUACAAAUAACUACUUUGUCUCAACGGGUUGUUCGUGCAAGGUGCCACAAUCAGAAUGCAAUGCUACUCAAUGCAGUAAUUCACUGCUGGUCAAAGAUGACGAAUGUGGAAAACUGUACAAAGAGACUUCGUGCACGGAAUGCCGACACGACGCCACAAUUCUUAAAGAACACGAAUGGUUCAUCCCCACUAAUGGAUUUUGGUGUCAAUCAAUAGUCAUUAGGAAUGGAUGCAGGCUGAGUAUCGACAGUAUUGAUAGAAAUGGGAAAAUAAUCUCAAAUUUUGCAAAUUACACGGGGGUGUCGUCAAAUAUUUCGCUCAAUUAUGUUAGAAAACCCACACCCCCAAAGUUAACUUGCGUCUGUGAUGUUGAAGACAUUUAUGCCAGCCAGCAAAAGACAACUUUGACAAUUGCUUUCGCAGUCAGCACCAUUGUGAUUUUCCUCAUUAUUAUAAACACUUUUAUCUUAAGAAAAUGCAUAAGAGUUCGAGUGGAACGGAAGAUUACAAAAGACCAAUUUGACAACGUGAUUAGGCGAUUUAGACAUGGAUUCUCUAAAGAUGAUAGUGUCGGUUUGAAGGAGGAUGAACAAAACGAGUAUGUGUCGCCUGGGCACUUGAACGCCCUCCAACAACCUUAUCAGCACAAAUGGGAAAUUAAUCGAACUAGGAUAUCGUUAGGGGAACAGAUUGGCGUAGGAGAAUUUGGUCUGGUAUACUUGGCAGAGCUUAAGGACGAUCAAGGAGGUCCUGGGGUUCAAGUUGCCGGAAAGAUCCCUAAACUCAAAAGCAUUUCUUGUUUGAACUCUGUCCUGGAGGAAAUCAAAAUGUGGUCGUACAUUGGCGUUCAUAAGAAUGUUUGCAAAUUCAUUGGAGCCUGCACUAAAGUUAUUCCCCAAGAUCUUAUAAUAAUUCUCGAAUACUGCUCAGAAAAUAACUUGAAACAUUAUCUCAGAAAGAACAAAAGUACAUUUUUGGAAUCAUCCGUUCCACAAAACCAAAGUGGUGUUCACUACGUAACAUUGGGUACAGGAGGUUACGCAAGUAUAGAAUCUCUUGGGAAUUUGCCCGAUUCAAAAAUUUUGUUAGACAAAUUCAGACAACUCAUUACAUGGGCUGCACAAAUUGCAAGUGGGAUGGAAUAUAUUUGCUCAAAACAAGUGGUUCAUAUUGAUCUCGCAGCCAGAAAUGUUUUCCUAAAUGCAUCGUUAGAAUGCAAAAUCGGGGAUUUCGGUUUAUCACAGCGUCUUUUUGAAGUGGCUAAUUAUGUCCGGAUUGGAGACGAGUUCCAGAUACCUUUUCGUUGGAUGGCUUUGGAAUCUUUGACUGAUUUGAGAUUUACGACUUCAUCCGAUAUUUGGUCUUAUGGAGUUACUCUAUUUGAAAUAUUUUCUCUUGGUGAUGAUCCGUACGCUAAAGUGCUUGGACUGCCUGAUCUUAUUCAGAUUCUCAAGUCUGGAAAACGGCUCGAAAAACCAACUCAUUGUUCAAAUGAUAUAUAUCAGAUUAUGCUUCAAUGUUGGGAUGCAAGUAUAGCCAAACGACCGGAUUUUACACAGUUAAAGCUUUUAUUUGAAUCAAUGUAAAUUGAUCAACAAAUAAUAAUAAUUGUGAAUGAAAAACUAAACUAUAGUUUGACAAUAAGAAGAAUAAAGAACAAGCGUUUGCAGUUUUUGUCAAGUUCACAGUA